AGGCAGUGCAGACAGAGAGUACAGACAGUGCAAGCAGUACAGAGCAAUCAGGCAGUACAGACAGUGCAGACAGACAGAACAGAUAGUGCAGGCAGUACAGGCAGUACGAGCAGUGGAGGCAGUACAGACAGACAGGCCGUACAGACAGACAGACAAUACAGGCAGUGCAGGCAGUACAGGCAGACAGUGCAGACAGUACAGAUAGUGCAGGCAGUACAGGCAGUACAAGCAGUGCAGGCAGUGGAGGCAGUACAGACAGACAGGCAGUACAAACACACAGGCAGUACAGACAGACAGUGCAGGUAGUACAGACAGUGCAGACAGACAGAACAGAUAGUGCAGGCAGUACAAGCAGUAGAGGCAGUACAGACACACAGACAGUGCAGACAGACAGUACAGACAGGCAGUACAAACACACGGGCAGUGCAGACAGACAGUACAGACAGACAGGCAGUACAAACACACGGGCAGUACAGACAAACAGGCAGUGCAGGCAGACAGACAGACAGGCAGUGCAGACAGACAGACAGGCAGUGGAGUCCAGCAGCAGGCAGGUCUGUCACAGGGUGCAUGCGCUACCCGGAGGCGUCACAGCUGUUUCCGCUGUCAUCCGUAGAUGCUGCCUAAGGAAAAAGUUUCUCCUCUGGGCAGGCUGCCCGGCCAGCCUGAAGGCUCUCGGCAGCUCCUCGCAGGCAGCCCUGGGCAGGGGGAGAAGGGUUUUUCUGGGGCAUUAAGGCUGUGCUGACCCGGCAGCAGCGGGGGGGCUCAGUCAUGGCUUCGAAGCGCCAAGCUUCUUCCUCGAAGCAGCCAGACAGCCGGCAAAAGAAACCGAAAGUGGAAGAGGAGGACGACACCUGGAGCUCCACCUUGGCAACGCUGAAAACUGCUCCCAAGGAGAAGCCGCCUGCCACAAUUGAUGGGCUGUGCCCCCUGAGCACAGCACCGGGUGCCCGGGUCUAUGAGGACUAUGCCUGCACCCUGAACCAGACCAACAUCAGUGCCAACAACAACAAGUUCUACAUCAUCCAGCUCCUGGAGCACGAUGGUGCCUACAGUGUGUGGAGCCGCUGGGGCCGUGUGGGAGAGACAGGCCAGUCCAAGCUCAUGCCCUGUGCUUCCCUGGAAGCUGCCAAGAAGGACUUUGAGAAGAAGUUUCGAGAGAAGACCAAGAACAGCUGGGCAACAAGGGAGAACUUUGUUGCCCACCCAGGGAAGUACACGCUCAUUGAGGUGCAGCCAGGGGCUGGGCAGGAGGUGGAGGCUACACUCAGGGUGGAUGCCGUGGAUGGGAACAAGGUCUGCAAGCAGCGGGUGCUGCCCUGCACCUUGGACAGCGCCACACAGGAGCUGGUGUCCCUCAUCUUCAGCAGUGACAUGUUCCGGGAUGCCAUGCAGACCAUGAAUAUCGAUGUGAAGAAGAUGCCUCUGGGGAAGCUGAGCAAGCAGCAGAUCGCAAGGGGCUUUGAGGCACUGGAAGAGCUGGAGGCAGCGCUGAGGGAGCAGCACCCCCAGGCCACUCACCUGGAGGAACUCUCCUCACGCUUCUACACCAUCAUCCCCCACAACUUUGGGCGGGCACGGCCGCCCACCAUCAACUCCCCUGACCUGCUGCGUGCCAAGAAGGACAUGCUGCUGGUGCUGGCUGACAUUGAGGUUGCACAGAGCCUGCAGGCACAGAAAGAGAAGGAGGAGGAGGAGGAGGAGAAAGAAGUUGCCCACCCACUGGAUCGGGAUUAUGCCCUGCUGUGCUGCCAGCUCUCCCUGCUUGACCCAGCUUCCCGGGAAUAUCAGAUGAUCCAGACCUAUGUGACACAGACUGGGCACAAACUCCACAUCCUCAACAUCUGGCAGGUGGCCCGAGAUGGUGAGGCUGAGCGUUUCAAGGCCCAUGACCUCCUGGAGCACCGGCGCCUGCUGUGGCACGGCACCAGCGUGGCGGCGGUGGCGGCCAUCCUGAAGAGCGGGCUGCGCAUCAUGCCCCACUCCGGCGGGCGCGUGGGCAAGGGCAUCUACUUUGCCUCAGAGAACAGCAAAUCAGCCUGCUAUGUGGGCCGUACAUCUAAGAAUGUUGGCAUCAUGUUCCUGACGGAGGUGGCCCUGGGCAAGCCCUACCGCAUCACCUGCGAUGACCCCACGCUGUGUCAGCCACCUGCUGGCUAUGACAGUGUCCUGGCCUGUGGCCGGACAGAGCCGGAUCCUGCACAGGAUCAGGAGGUGCUGCUGGAUGGCAAGAAGGUGCUGGUGUGCCAGGGCAAGCCCAUCCCCAUGCCCGCCUACAAGGACUCCUCCUUCAGCCAGAGCGAGUACCUCAUCUACAAGGAAAGCCAGUGCCGGAUCCGCUACCUUGUCCAGCUCCGCUUCUGAGGGUGUGUGGGAGCACCACGGCCCUGGCCCAGCACCAGGAGGGGACACCCACCAGCCCAGAGCACAGUGAUCUGGACUCUGGCCAUCCCACCUGGGGCUUGGCAAGGGACAGGCUGGCAUGGGGACUGAGCUUGCUUUGAUUGUGAAUAAAAGCACUGUGCCUUGCA